AUGAGAGCCACAGCCAUUGUUUUUCUAGAAAGAAGGGCCUUUGGAGCAAUACGUCGAACACUUGGGAUACAUUCUAUGCUCCACAGAGAUUUUCGCCCCACUUUCAGUUUCUGCACUCUAACAUCACAAGACGGUACCUUAAAUCAUGCAAGAGAAAUUUCGUCGGAAUCUGGAGAAGAACCAACACAAGGAGAAGCAAAUAGCCUAAGCUUGAGUAUUGAGAAAUUAGGGAAAGGUGAGCCCGUGGCCACCGCCUUCCAGAGCUGGAUGGGCGACGGGCUACCUAUCCACGGUGGCGAUAUUUUCCACACUAUCAACCGUUUGCGGCGCCUCAAGUCCAUUAAGCGGGCCCUUGAGGUAAUGGAGUGGGUCAUAAGGGAGAGACCUUACAGGCCAAAAGAACUGGACUACUCGUACCUACUCGAGUUCACCAUGAAGCACCACGGUGUUCCACAGGGCGAGACCCUGUUCUCCCGAAUCCCAUCCGAGUUCCAAAACGGGCUCCUCUACAACAACCUAGUGCUCGGCUGCCUAGACAAAGGCCUCAUAAGUCUCUCUCGAGCUUACAUGAAAAAAAUGAGGGAAUUGGGCCACCCUAUAUCGUACCUAGUUUUCAACCGCUUGAUCAUUCUCCAUUCCUCCCUGAGCCGCCGCAAAUCAAUCCCCAAAAUCUUGACUCAGAUGAAAGCCGAUAAAGUCAUCCCUCAUGCCUCCACAUACAACAUCUUGUUAAAGAUCGAGGCCGACAAGCACAAUAUCGAGGGCUUGGUUAGAGUCUUUGGAGACAUGAAACGAGCCUCCGUCGAACCGAAUGAGAUCACGUACUGCAUCAUGGCCGUUUCUCAUGCCGUGGCCAGGUUGUACAUCGCUUGCGGGUCCUACACCGAAAAAAUCGAGAAGUGCAUGACGGGUCAUAACUGGUCAACACUGGACAUUCUCGUGAUGCUGUACGGUUACCUAAGGAGUGAGAAGGAGCUGGAGAAGACUUGGGCUCGAAUUCGAGGGCUGCCACAUGUCAGGAGCAAGAGUUAUGUGCUGGCAGUCGAGGCCUUUGGGAGGGCCGGGAAUCACAGUCGGGCAGAGGAGAUAUGGCUUCAGAUGGCAUCCGAAAAGGGACUAGAAUCGACCGAGCACUUCAAUUCGAUGAUUGGGGUUCACUGCAGGAAUGGGCUCGUUACGAGAGCUACCGGGUUGUAUAAAGACAUGGAGAAAAAACUUUGCAAGCCAAAUUCCAUCACGUUCAGGCAUCUCGCACUCGGCUGUUUGCGUGCCGGGCUUGUGAAAGAAGGUGUUAGGACCCUUGAAUUGGGGAUGGGAUUUGAGACGAGCGAUAAAGUCAAAAGGUCAACCCCUUGGUUAGAGACCACGUACUUGAUUCUAGAGAUCUUUGCGGAGCGUGGUGACGUGGAUAAUGUCGAGAGACUGUUUGAGGAAUUGAAGAGGGGUAAUUUUACGAGGUACACUUUUGUGUACAAUUCGCUAAUUAAGGCGUAUGUGAAGGCCAAGGUUUACGAGCCUAAUCUCCUCCGGCGGAUGAUUUUGGACGGGUGUAGGCCGGAUGCCGAGACGUAUAGUUUAAUGAAGCUGAUAGAACAGUUCCGCUCUGGACAAGGACUAAUAAAGCAGCCCACGGGAUGGGUCAGAGUGCCGGUGGAAUAUCUGGAGGGAUUCAAGAGCCAACGUGAAAAUGAGGGGAAGAGGGAAGUCGAAUUCUCACCACCAGUAGAAUUAGCAAGAGAGGCAAAACACAUCGGGAUUUUACAAACUCGAAAGUGGACUUACACAGGGACUAUCGGGAAUGUUGGCGCUCUAAGCUAUCUUCAGUUGCUCGACCACGAGCCACCUAAAGUGCAGUCUCCUUCUGAAACUCUUAGGCACAGAAGCUUGUCUCCAAUGAGGCAAAACAGGAUUGGAGAAAUUUUGGUUAAAGGGGAACCAUAUCUAAGUGCACCACCAGGCUUCACAGUUCCAAUCUCAUCUCCAAUAUCUGGCAAUUUGUCUACUAAAAGGGAAAUGGAAAAACAACGCAGAAGUCCAAGCUUUGACGGCUCCGUUUCCCGACCCGGAGCCCAACCCAGUCCAUCUGAUAAGCCCGGCCCCAACUCGGUCUCGCUCGCAAAACCCUUUCCCCAUGCAAAAGGUACAGACCCGAGCGAAAACUUCUAG